AUGGUCCCCGGGGACACGGGCACCUCAUUACAGUCCCCAUCCCAGGAGCUGAUAGCAGAGAGCCAAGUGCAGUCGGUAUUCACAGACAUUGGCAAAAUCAACUUCCGAGACCCUUCCAACUACUGCCUGAUCCCCAGCGUGCCGGGCCUGGCGCCCAACUCUGUCGCCUCUGCGGCUUGGCUUAGCAGCGACGGAGAGGCCCUCUUUGCCCUUCCCUCGGCUACGGGGGGAAUCUUUGUCCUCAGGCUGCCUCCCCAUGAUGCGCCUGGGACACCUUCGGUUGUGGAGCUGAAGCAGAGCUCAGUGGUGCAGCGUUUCCUUACUGGUUGGAUGCCAACUGCCAUCAGAGGCGACUGUGGCCCGUCAGACCUGCCCGUCAGCCUCUCUGUCCACUGCCUGGAUCACGAUGCCUUUCUCUUCGCUCUCUGCCAGGACCAUAAGCUCCGAAUGUGGUCCUACAAGGACCAAACGUGCCUGAUGGUUGCGGAUCUCCUGGAAUUCGUGCCAGUCAGCAGGGACCUGCGGCUGACGGCCGGCACAGGGCACCGCCUGCGCCUGGCCUUCUCCCCAGCCCUGGGGCUCUAUCUCGGCGUGUACCUGCACGCGCCCAAGCGAGGGCAGUUCUGCGUCUUCCAGCUGGUGAGCACUGAGAGCAACCACUACAGCCUGGACCAUGUGUCCUCGCUCUUCUGCUCGCAGGAGACCCUGGUUGACUUUGCCUUAACCUCGUCUGAGAUCUGGGCACUAUGGCACAACGAGGAGAACCAAACGGUUGUGAAAUACAUCAACUUUGAGCAGAAUGUUGCUGGCCAGUGGAACCAGGUCUUCAUGCAGCCACUGCCUGAAGAAGAAGUGACGGUUCGACACGAUCAGGACCCCAGGGAAACCUACCUGGAGUACAUCUUCAUGCCCGGCCGCUUCACACACGCUGCCAUCCAGAAGGCUCUACAGAUCUUUUCUCAAGGAGCUGAGAGAGACUUGGAUCUGACGUGGGAUGAGUUAAAAAGGGAGGUUACCUUGGCUGUGGAAAGCGAGUUCCACAGCAGCGUCACAGAGUACGAAUGCUCCCUGGACGAGUUCUGGCAGCUGCAGGUGGAGUUCUGGUCCAAGUUUUACGCCUGCUGCCUUCAGUACCAGGAGGCGCUCUCGCGGCCCCUGGCCCUGCACCUGAACCCCUACACCGGCAUGGUGUGCCUGCUCAAGAAGGGCUCUCUGUCCUUCCUCAUGCCCUGCUCCAUGGUGGACCAUCUCUAUCUGCUCUCUAACGAGCACCUCCUGACUGAGGAUGACGCUGCCGUCUUUGAUGAUUUGGAGAUGUCUCGUGAUGUUGUCUGUCUUGUCCAGUGCCUUCGGCUGAUCGGAGAAUCCGUUUCCACGGAUAUGGCAUUCCUAAUGGAAAUGGCUUGCUCCCGCCUCCAGCCUCCAGAAAAGGCUGCAGAGCAGAUCUUGGAGGACUUGAUAGCUAAUGACACGGAAAACGUGAUGGAGGAGAUUCACAGCAAGCUGCAGGAGAUCCGAAACCCCAUCCAUGCCAUGGGAGUGCUCAUCCGCGAGAUGGACUACGAGAUGGACGCGGACAUGGAACGAGCUCAGCCCCUCUUGGGCCGCAUGAACCUGGCGCAGCUCCUGGGUAGCAGCACCGCAGCUGCUGUGGUCUGCAGUGGUGUGGCCCGGAUGGCCACCACCCGCUUCCUCGUCUGCCGGGACCUGCUUGUCCUCCAGCAGCUCCUGCUGCGCCUUGGGGAGCCUGCGCUGCUGGCAGGAGGGCAGCUGCUGCCGUCUCCCCAGGACCUGCUACACCGCACGUGCCCCCUACUCCUCUCCUACUACCUCAUCCGGUGGGCGAGCGGCUGCCUCGCUGCGGACGUCCCCGUGGACACGCUGGAAUCCAACCUGCAGCAUCUGUCUGUCUUGGAACUGGCGGAUACGACUGCCAUAACGCCCCACAAACUAGUGUCCGGCCCCCAGACCAUCGUGGAGCUCUUCUUCCAGGAGGUGGCCAGGAAACACAUCGUGUCCCGACUCUUCUCACAACCGAGUGCCUCACUGGCUGAGACGAGUUUGAACUGGCCCCACCUGAUCACCGCCAUAGUGGCCGACUUCCUGCCACUCCUGUGGCCCAGCAAUCCCGGCUUCCUCUUUCCCGAGUGCUUGAUGGGGAGCUGUCAGUACACCCAGCUGCAGGAAUACAUCCGUUUGCUGCAGCCCUGGUGCCAUGUGAACAUGGGCUCCUGCUGCUUCAUGAUGGGCAGAUGCUACCUGGUCAUGGGCGAAGGGCACAAGGCGCUGGACUGUUUCUGCCAAGCUGCGUCCGAGGUGGGGAGGGAAGAGUUCCUGGACAGGCUGAUCCAGGCUGAGGAGGGCGAGAUGGUCUCCACGCCGCGCCUACAGUACUACAACAAGGUUCUGCGCUUGCUGGACAUGGUUGGGCUACCAGAACUGGUCAUCCAGCUGGCCACACUGGCCAUCAUGGAAGCUGCGGAUGACUGGAGGAGCCAGGCUACCCUGAGGACCUGCAUCUUCAAGCACCACUUGGAUUUAGGACAUAACAGUGAAGCGUACGUGGCCUUAACGCAAAACCCGGACCCGAGCAGGCAGCUUGACUGCCUGCGCCAGCUCGUGGUGGUUCUCUGUGAGCGYUCCCAGCUGCAGGACCUGGUGGAGUUCCCCUUCAUCAACCUCCACAAUGAGGUGGUGGGGAUCAUCGAGUCGCACGCUCGAGCGGUGGACCUGAUGACGCACAACUACUACGAGCUGCUCUAUGCCUUCCACGUCUACCGGCACAACUAUCGCAAGGCCGGCACGGUCAUGUUCGAGUACGGCAUGCGGCUCGGCAGGGAGGUGCGCACGCUGCGAGGCCUGCAGAAGCAGGGCCACUGCUUCCUGGCCGCUGUCAACUGCCUGCGCCUCAUCCGCCCCGAGUACGCCUGGAUCGUGCAGCCCGCCGCAGGAGCCGUGUAUGAGCGCCCAGGAGCAUCCCCAAAGAGAAGCCACGACGGGGAGUGCACGGCCGUGCCAGCCACGCGCAAGAUCGAGAUCCUGGAGCUGAAGGACCUGGAGAAGGAGUGCGUGCUGGCGCAGAUCCGGCUGGCGCUGGUGCAGCACGACCUGUCCACGGCCGCUGUGGCAGGCAGCUCCACACCCGAGGAGACUGCCGCGCUCCUGGUGCGCGCUGGCCUCUUCGACACCGCCCUCAGCCUGUGCCACACGUUCCAGCUGCCCCUGGCACCCAUCUUUGAGGGACUCGCGUUCAAGUGCAUCAAGCUGCAGCUGGGAGGGGAAGCGGCGCAGGCCGAGGCUUGGGACUGGCUAGCAGCCAACCAGCUCUCUGCGUUGGUCACCACCAAGGAGUGCAGCGCCACGGAUGAAGCCUGGCGCCUGCUCUCGUCCUACCUGGAGCGCUACCCGGCGCCCAACAGCCUCUACCAUCGCUGCGUCAUCAGCAAGCUCUUGGCGCACGGCAUCCCGCUGCCCACCUGGCUCAUCAACAGCUACAAGAAAGUGGAUGCUGCUGAGCUGCUGCGCCUCUAUCUGAACUACGACCUGCUUGAGGAGGCUGUGGACCUGGUGCUGGAGUACAUCGAUGCCGUGCUCGGCAAGGGCCACCAGUACUUUGGGAUUGAGCUGCCGCUUUCGGCCACCGCCGCUGCCGUGUGGCUGCCCUACACAGCCAUCGACCAGCUGCUGCAGGCGUUGAGCGAGAGUGCCGGGAGCCAGCAGAGUCACGGGCUCUACCAGCGUGUGCGCGACAAGGUGCAACACUACCAGGAGCGGGUGAGCGCAGCCACGCGGGACCGCCUGUACCGGCAUGACGCGCCCUAGUGCCCCGCGGUGACUGCCCGGGGACACCUGGCCUUUGGUGACAUGCCCCCCCUGCCCUGCCCCGCUCCAGGGGCGCACCAGG